UGGGCCAUCGCGCCGGGCGCCUCACCUUUCUCUCAAAACCAGGAACCAGUACCAGGAAUUCCCCUUGUCUCUCGGCAGACGUGUCACUCGCAGCCUCCAGGUAGCCGGAAGCCGAGCCCGCCAAGACGCCAGGGAAGAACAGAGGCUUUCGGGAAAUGUAGUCUUGGGCUCCCAGGGCGUCGCCUGCGCAGACCCGGGGAAAGGUUUUUCCGAGUUCCUCUUGCGCAUGUGCUGCCCCGCCCACCCCGCCUUCCUCCCGGAAGCUCCACGUGUGGUGGGGUCUUCGGGUCGUCCACGCGGGGUCCCGAGCGCCCGGCGCGAGAGCGGGUGCCGGGGUGCCGGGGUGCCGGGGUGCCGGGUGGAGCGGCGACGCCGGGGGCGACGGCGGGCCUGGGCGCGCCGCGCCAGCCGCAGGUCCCGGAGGCGGCCCGAGCUCCGGGGCGAGGUGUGUGAUUCCAGGUUUUUCCACGUGUUUCUAAGAACAAAGAAAAUGAACACAUUUCCAGUCUUGGUGUCGUUUGAGGAUGUGCUUGUGGGCUUCACGCAGGAGGAGUGGCAGUGCCUGAACAGCGUGCAGAGGACCCUGUACAGGGAUGUGAUGCUGGAGACCUACAGCAGCCUGCUCUCCUUGGGGUUCUGCAUUACCAAACCUGAGGUUAUUUUCAAGUUGGAGCAAGGAAUAGAACCAUGGACAGUAGAAGAAGCCUUAAACUGGAGCGUCUCAGUUGCCAAGAAAAUUGAUGUAAUUAAAGCCAGCAAGAAAAAUCAAGAUGGACAUUUGAGGCAAGUUGUAACCACAGACAACAUCUCAUCAAUUAAGGAUAGAGUUGAAUUAAGAAAAACCCUGAAUUUAAGGCCAAAUCAUGUUGUAAAGAACAGAAGUUAUCCAGGAAUGAUGCCUGAGGCAUUUAAUGUAUAUCAGAAGGGACUUCUCCCUAAUGAUCCUAUAGAGUGCCAGAGGCCGACACUGGAAAAAAAGAAUGUAAAUCUAAAUCUGAUCAUGAUGGCAGAAGCCUGUGGCCAGAAGACUCCUGGAAGGUCCAGCCCCAGAUCCCAAAUUCAGAGGGUUACAAAACAGGAAUAUCCUAUUCAAUUUGUGUCUGUGGAGAAGCUACAAACUUAAAACUGCGACUGUCUCAAUGCCCCACCUGUGCUCGUCACCCUGCAAGUAUAAAUCCUGGAGGAUGAAAUUCUAAUCAAUUGUGGUGAGUGCAUGUUAUUCAUAUAGCACUUAUUCCUAUACAGCAGUGCUUAACU